AUGUUGACCGUUGGAGUGAUCGGUGAUUUCGGUAUCAAAAGCACAAAUUCGGUCGCUGUCUCAAAUCUCGUAAAAUCAUGGAACCCAGAUAUCAUUCUGACCACGGGAGAUAAUCUGUACUCGCCUCCCAGCCAGAAAAAUUACUCAUCAAUUAUUGGAGUACUUUACCCAGAGUAUUUAGAUAAUUUACCACAUUUUGUGAGAGGAGGAGGAAUAAAUUCCAACAGCAAUAAUAUACUUCGCGACAUCAGCAAAAAAUGGAAAGGGAGGAAAAUCUACUCAAAAUUCUUCCCAUGCGUUGGAAAUCACGAUUUUCCAUUUACCAGUUACACCAACUACUUUCAACUCCCAACUUUCUACUCGGUGGAAUUUACUCAGCCUAAAAAACAUUUACUAAAAGUUAUUUCCUUAAACAAUUAUAAAGACGAGGAGCAUGGCAGAUUUGACGACGCAACUUCAAACCAAAGGAGCUGGCUUGAAGAGGAGUUAGAAGCAUCGCAAGAUUUCGACUGGAUCCUCGUCACAUUUCACUAUCCUCAAUUGUGCAGUAAUAGCUCACGAGAAGAAAAUGAGACAAACUCGAAGCGAUUAUUUCCAUUUUACAAGUAUCAAAAUGUGGGACUCGUGUUAAGUGGACAUCAACACAUUUACGAACGGUUGGAGGUGAAUGGGGUGACCAAUGUGGUCGUUGGGACGAGUGGUCAUUCAGUGAGGAGAAAGUCUAUCGCCUUACUGGAGGAAUCGAGACAAAUUGAUGACUCUGGGUUUGGGGCCGUGAGAUUGGAUGUCAGUAAAGAUGAAAUUAAAGGGGGUUACGUAGUUCUAGAAAAUAUCAGAGGGAGGAAUAAGAAACAAACAGUUAUUAAAGAUGAGUUUUCUGUGAUUAAAAAGCGAUAG